AUGCGUGCGCGGGUAAAUUACCAUAACUAUCUAUCUAUCUAUCUAUCUAUCUAUCUAUCUAUCUAUCUAUCUAUCUAUCUAUUCGAUUGUUUCUGUCUUUCUUUCAGCCUCAUUUCUUUCUUUCUUUCUUUUGCUUGCUUGUCUCUCUCAGGUUACUCUUUGUUUGUUUCUAUCGUUCUUUCGGCCUCAUUUCUUUUGUUUGUCUCUCUCAUUCUAUUAUUUGUUUGUAUCGAUCUUUCUUUCAGCCUCAUUUGUUUCUUUCUUUUGCUUGUUUGUCUCUGUCAGGUUACUCUUUGUUUGUUUCUAGCUUUCUUUCACUCUCAUUUCUUUUGUUUAUCUCUUUCAUUCUAUUCUUUGUUUGUUUCUAUCUUUCUUUCAGCCUCAUUUCUUUCUUUCUUUUGUUUGCUUGUUUGUCUCUGUCAGGUUAUUCUUUGUUUGUUUCUAUCUUUCUUUCAGCCUCAUUUCUUUUGUUUGUUUGUUUGUCUGUUUCAUUCUAUUAUUUGUUUGUAUCGAUUUUUCUUUCAGCCUCAUUUGUUUCUUUUGUUUGCUUGUUUGUCUCUGUCAGGUUACUCUUUGUUUCUAUCUUUCUUUCAGCCACAUUUCUUUUGUUUUUUUGUUUGUCUCUCUCAUUCUAUUAUUUGUUUGUAUCGAUCUUUCUUUCAGCCUCAUUUCUUUCUUUCUUUUAUUUGCUUGUUUGUCCCUGUCAAGUUACUCUUUGUUUGUUUCUAUCUUUCUUUCACUCUCAUUUCUUUCUUUCUUUUGUUUGCUUGUUUGUCUUUGUCAGCCUCAUUUCUUUCUUUCUUUCUUUUGCUUGCUUGUCUCUAUCCGGUUAUUCUUUGUUUGUUUCUAUCUUUUUUUCACUCUCAUUUCUUUUGUUUGUCUCUCUCAUUCUAUUAUUUGUUUGUUUCUCUCAGCCUCAUUUCUUUUCUAUUAUUUGUUUUGCUUUCUCUGUCAGGUUAUUCUUUGUUUGUUUUUCUUUCAGCCUCAUUUUUUUUCUUUCUUUUGUUUGCUUGCUUGUCUCUGUCAGGUUAUUCUUUGUUUGUUUCUAUCUUUCAGCCUCAUUUUUUUUCUUUCUUUUGUUUGCUUGCUUGUCUCUGUCAAGUUACUCUUUGUUUGUUUCUAUCUUUCUUUCAGCCUCAUUUCUUUCUUUUGUUUGCUUGCUUGUCUCUGUCAGGUUACUCUUUGUUUGUUUCUAUCUUUCUUUCAGCCUCAUUUCUUUCUUUUUUUUUUGUUUCUCUGUCAGGUUACUCUUUGUUUGUUGUCAUCUUUCUUUCAGCCUUUGUUUCUUUUGUUUGUUUGCUUGUCUCUUUCAGCCUCUUUGUUUGUUUUAUCUUUCUUUCAGCCUCAUUUCUUUCUUUCUUUUUGCUUGUUUGUCUCUGGUUACUCUUUGUUUGUUUCUAUCUUUCUUUCAGCCUCAUUUCUUUCUUUUGUUUGCUUGCUUGUCUCUGUCAGGUUAUUCUUUGUUUGUUUCUAUCUUUUUGCCUCAUUUCUUUCUUUUUGUUUCUUUGUCUCUGUCAGGUUAUUCUUUUGUUUGUUUCUAUCUUUCAGCCUCAUUUUUUCUUUUUUUUUUUGCUUGUUUGUCUCUGUCAGGUUACUCUUUGUUUGUUUUUCUUUCUUUUUUCAGCCUCAUGUCUUUCUUUCUUUCUUGCUUGUCUCUGUCAGGUUUUCUUUGUUUGUUUCUAUCUUUGCCUCAUUUUUUUUUUUCUUUUGUUUGCUUCUUGUUAUGUCUUACUCUUUGUUUGUUUCUAUCUUUCUUUCAGCCUCAUUUCUUUCUUUUUUUGUUUGUUUGCUUGUCUCUGUCAGGUUAUUCUUUGUUUGUUUCUAUCUUUCUUUUCAGCCUCAUUUUUUUCUUUCUUUUUGUUUGCUUGCUUGUCUCUGUCAGGUUACUCUUUGUUUGUUUCUAUCUUUCUUUCAGCCUCAUUUCUUUUCUUUUUUUUUGUUUGCUUGCUUGUCUCUGUCAGGUUAUUCUUUGUUUGUUUCUAUCUUUCAGCCUCAUUUUUUUCUUUCUUUUGUUUGCUUGCUUGUCUCUGUCAGGUUACUCUCUGUUUGUUUGUUUCUUUAUUUUUUUUUCUUUUGUUUGCCUUGUCUCUGUCAGGUUAUUCUUUUGUUUGCUUUUUCUUUGUUUUUUCUUUCUUUUGUUUCAGGUUCUCUGUCAGGUUUGUUUGUUUGUUUCUAUCUUUCUUUCAGCCUCAUUUCUUUCUUUUGUUUGCUUGCUUGUCUCUGUCAGGUUACUCUUUGUUUGUUUCUAUCUUUCUUUCAGCCUCAUUUCUUUCUUUUGUUUGCUUGCUUGUCUCUGUCAGGUUAUUCUUUGUUUGUUUCUAUCUUUCAGCCUCAUUUUUUUCUUUCUUUUGUUUGCUUGCUUGUCUCUGUCAGGUUACUCUCUGUUUGUUUCUAUCUUUCUUUCAGCCUCAUUUUUUUCUUUUGUUUGCUUGCUUGUCUCUGUCAGGUUAUUCUUUGUUUGUUUUCUUAUCUUUCAGCCUCAUUUUUUUUCUUUUCUUUUUUUGUUUGCUUGCUUGUCUCUGUCAGGUUAUUCUUUGUUUGUUUUUUAUCUUUCUUUUCAGCCUCAUUUCUUUCUUUUGUUUGCUUGCUUGUCUCUGUCAGGUUACUCUUUGUUUGUUUCUAUCUUUCUUUCAGCCUCAUUUCUUUCUUUCUUUUGCUUGUCUCUUUCGUUCUCUUGUUUGUUUGUUGCUUUCACCACCAUAUCUUUCUUUUGGUUUUUCUUUUCAUUGUUUUUAUUUUUCUUUCACUCUCAUUUCUUUCUUUAAUUUGAUCUUUUUAUUGUUUUAUUUUUUCUUUCUUUCAUUUCUUUUCUUUAAUUUGAUAUUUUCUUUCUUUCUUUCUUUCUUUCUUUCUUUCUCUUCCAUUUCGUUGUCCCCCUUCUUUCGAUUUUUCUUUCUUUCAACAGACUUUAUGUUUCUCUUCCUUUUCAUAUCAGCCUUUCUUGCUCUUUCCCUGCCUUUCCAUCCUUUAUUUCAUUUGUUUUCUUUCAUUCUUUCCUCGUAA